ACUGUAUCGAGUGAAAUCCGGUGAUUGUUGUCAUACGAGGAAAAAGGAAAGCUACGAAUCACGAAGUUCGCGUCGACGGAGAAUUGAUAUUCUCGACUGGGAACUCGAAAAGCUCAAGAGAUCGACAUGGACUUCUUCGGUUACGCUUAUGCCGCCGCAAUCAGCCUCGGCGGAUUGAUGGGCUAUCUCAAGGCCGGGAGUGUUAUGUCAUUGUGUGCAGGUCUUACGUUUGGAUCACUUGCUGCCUACGGUGCCAAGCAAAUCAGCGAGGACCCUACGAAGAUCCAUAUUCUGCUAUUCGUCUCCAGUGUAUUGAGUAUUCUCAUGGGUUAUCGGUUUGCCAACUCGGGGAAAUUCAUGCCAGCUGGUUUGACCUGCAUGCUCAGCUUGGCGACCGUCGCCAGGCUGAUUGUGACUAGGGUACUGCUGUGAGACCGAUGGGAUCUGUGACAUCGAGCUCCGGUCCUUUUCUCGCUCUCAGUCAGUCCAGGCGCACUCUUCGAGUCUCCUAACCAGAUUGUAUAAUAUAAUUAUACGACUAUAUUGCGUAUAAAUAAAUGGUUCGAUAUUCCCCGCACGGCGGGUGAUGCGCC